ACCAAUCAUGGGUCAUGAACGUGUCUCUGAUAAGGAAUUCGGAAAAGCUUCUCUUAUGGAGUCAAACGCUUCACUGUCAACAUUACAUUCCUUCGGCAAUAAAAAAUGAAACGGGCAGUGAUUUUGUGUUUAUCUGUCUUAAUUAGUUUGGUAUUGUUAGUGAAAUGUGAUGAUGAAGGAACAUUAAAUGCUAACGACGUAGGAAAUAGCAAUGGGAAUAACGAAGGUGCUGAUGGAGGACUUCUUAAACAUUAUGAGAGUGAGGAGAGUAAAUUAAUUCUGAAGUGCUUCGUAUGUAGGUCGAUUAUCGAUACGAUGCUUUAUGAAAUAAAAAAAGUAAAUCCACGGAAAAGAAUUGAAGUAUCGGCCACCAAAUCAAUUCUCUAUUCAAAAUCUGAAUCUUACUUGGCUGAACUGAUGGAAGACUUGUGUGAAUAUCAAGAUACGUUUGCGACACUACGUCAAGUACUUGUUCAAAAGACAUUCAUUCAAAGUAUGUUAGAUAACAAUGGUUCUGUCGACGCGACUCCUGGUUUCAGUCAGGAGAGUCUUUCGACCGAAAAUGUGAACUUUUUAUGUUUAGAUAUAUUGGGGGAACAUGACGAUGCAAUACUAGCGGAAUUUAAGAAGGAAGUACUUUCCGAAAAUAUAGAUGAGAUUAUUUGCACAGAAACAGCCAAAUAUUGUGUCAAAAAAGAGACUGAAGUAAAUAAUGAGCGUGAUGAGCUAUAAGCCGAAGCAUGUCUACCAGCGAUGGAAUAUUAACCUUAUGAAAAUGCUACAUAGACAACUAAAAAUAAGAGAUGAGAUUCGGCUGUCUUUUAUAUAAAUAAAAGCAAAUGUUAAAACUAAUG